AUGAUCAUCUCUUUCUUUUUCUUCCUCUUACUCUCUCUCACAUCCAAUGGACAAUUCUUUGACGAGAGCAAGAACUACGAAGGCUCCUCCGAUCUCGUCGACCUUCAAUACCAUAUGGGUCCGGUCAUAUCCUCGCCGGCAACAAGUCUCUACAUCAUAUGGUACGGCCGAUGGAACCCAACCCAACAAUCCACAAUCCGUGACUUCCUCUACUCCGUUUCUUCACCGACACCGGCUAAGCACCCGUCAGUAUCCGACUGGUGGAAGACGGUGAUGCUAUACAGAGACCAGACAGGCUCCAACAUCACAGGAACUCUUGUCUUGUCCGGAGAGUUCCACGACCGGACGUACUCCCACGGAUCUCACCUCACUCGCUUCUCUGUUCAGUCUGUGAUCAGAACUGCCGUGACCUCCAAGUUACCGCUAAACGGUCUCAACGGCUUGUACUUAGUCUUAACCUCAGAUGAUGUAGAGAUGCAAGAGUUCUGCAGAGCAAUUUGCGGCUUUCACUACUUCACUUUCCCAAGCAUCGUUGGCGCAACCGUACCCUACGUUUGGAUCGGGAACAGUAAGAAACAGUGUCCAGAAAUGUGCGCUUACCCUUUUGCGCAGCCUAAGCCGUUUCCGGGAAGUGGGUUUAUGGCCAGAGAGAAGAUGAAACCGCCAAACGGAGAUGCCGGAAUCGAUGGGAUGAUCAGUGUGAUAGCACAUGAGCUGGCUGAAGUGUCGAGCAACCCGAUGUUGAACGGAUGGUACGGAGGAGAGGAUGCGACGGCACCGACGGAGAUAGCUGACUUAUGUUUGGGAGUGUAUGGGUCAGGAGGAGGAGGAGGGUAUAUGGGGAGUGUGUACAAGGAUCGGUGGAGGAAUGUGUAUAACGUGAAUGGAGUUAGAGGAAGAAAGUAUCUGAUUCAAUGGGUUUGGGACCUUACUAGGAACAGAUGCUUUGGACCUAACGCUAUGAAUUAG